AUGACUCCGAGGAUACAGAAGGAAGAGGAAACAUGCCAAAAACCCCUCUGGGACUUUGGACUCCAGCUGGCACCAGACCAAGAGAGUUACAAGAAGAAUGAAGAAGUGAUGCUGAGCUGUCACAAGGGUUUCCAGCCAACCUUCACUCAUGUCAAAUGUACAGGAAAAGUUCUGUCUGUUAUCAAUGGAAAACCUGUAUACAGAGAGGCUUGGAGUGGAAGAGACACAAGAGGCAAUUGGAUCAACAUUCAGUCCAAGUCCAGGGUACAGUGCCUUGAAGUCCUCCAGGUUGUCCCUGAGAGUCUGAAGAUUUCCAGCACCAGCAUCAAACUGAACUGGACCUGCAUGCUCCCUGACACGUGCCAGCAUAUUCGGGCCAGGUGCCGGCUGGAGCAUCAUUCCUCCUCAAACUGUGAGGCUAAGGAGGUGAAAGGAGAAGAGAUACUACAAGGCCAGGAGGGAACAUUCACCUGCUCCCCUUUGCAGCCCUACACUGUCUACAGUGUCACCAUCUCCCUGCUGCCUAGAACAAUCCUGUACACACGGUUCCUCACGACAAAGGAAACGGUGCCAGACAAACCAGAAAACCUGUUGAUGGAUGUCAGCACAGGGUCCCUCAGGUGGAAGGCGCUGCCCUCCUGCAAAGGGGAGAUUAUUGGAUACCAGCUGAACAUCACCACCAUGAGAGCAGAGGACGGCAGCUUCCUCGGAUUCAGUCAGGUGUUGGUGAACCAGUCUGUCUCUGAGUAUGUGCCACCUAAUCAGAGAGCUGGCAGGAAAUACCUGGCGACAGUGCAGGGCCUGACGGCAGCUGGGGCUGGGGCUGCAGCAGAGCUGGAAUUCAAAACCUACAUCCAGGGCCCUUGGCCUGUGUCAGCAGUCAUUGUAGUGGUGGUGGUGGUGCUGUUGAUCCCCUUGUCUGCCGGGAUCCUCUGGUUCGUGCUGUCCAGAAGAAAGAAGACCUUGCCCAGCAAAGCCGAGGAGGAUCACUACACAGAGCUCCAGCCCUAUGAGAAUGUACAUGAGGGUAAUUACUGUGUGAUGGAGACUUUCCUUGAGAAAGAUGCAGGUAAAUGUGGCCAGGCUGGAGAGCCAUCUCCCAAGCCCUUGCCUGUUCUGGAAUCCUCAGGAGAGUCAGAGCAGUGA